AUAAAAUACAAAAAUUACAGACAAACGAAACCUAAUCCCUUAAACCUCACCGGCGACCAAAAAUGGCAUUCUCGUCUCCUUCGCUCCGUCUUCUUCCUCAGCAUCCCUUCGGUGUAAUAACCCCAAAACGGCAACGUUUUAGUUCUGCAAAGCCUUCAUUCUUCUCGCUUAACCAUGAAUCUUCAUCAUCUUUCACGGUCAGAGCUCCGGCGUCUUCCUUCGUCGUCGGCGCCGUCUCCGGGAAAUCCUCUACGGGAACAAAAUCGAAAUCGAAAUCAAAAGCGAAACCUGCUCCUCCUCCUCCAGUUACUACUGUGGCUGAAGAUGAAAUCAAAGAGGAAGACAUUGCCGAAGUAAGAUCACAGGAAUCAGAAAUGGUCAACAUUGCCGAAGAUGUCACUCAAUUGAUUGGAAGCACACCAAUGGUGUAUCUCAAUAGAGUCACUGAUGGAUGUGUGGCGGAUAUUGCUGCAAAGCUCGAAUCAAUGGAGCCCUGUAGAAGCGUCAAGGAUAGGAUUGGUCUCAGCAUGAUCAACGAGGCAGAAGACAGAGGAGCCAUAAGUCCGAGGAAGAGUGUGUUAGUAGAACCAACAACCGGAAACACAGGCCUGGGGAUUGCUUUUGUGGCUGCAGCUAAAGGCUACAAACUUAUAGUGACAAUGCCAGCUUCUAUCAAUGUCGAAAGAAGGAUGCUUUUACGCGCGCUUGGAGCAGAGAUUGUGCUGACGAAUCCAGAGAAGGGUCUCAAAGGUGCAGUUGAUAAAGCCAAAGAGAUUGUUCUCAAGACGAAGAAUGCCUACAUGUUUCAGCAAUUCGACAAUACGGCAAAUACAAAGAUACACUUUGAGACUACAGGACCUGAGAUUUGGGAAGAUACAAUGGGUAAUGUCGAUAUGUUCGUUGCCGGAAUUGGAACCGGUGGUACUGUAACGGGUACAGGAGGUUUCUUGAAAAUGAUGAACAAGGAUAUUAAGGUAGUUGGCGUUGAACCAUCAGAAAGAAGUGUGAUUUCUGGAGACAGUCCUGGUUACUUACCGGGAAUAUUGGAUGUUAAGCUACUCGAUGAAGUGUUUAAGGUUAGCAACGAGGAAGCGAUUGAGAUGGCGAGGAGACUAGCGUUGGAAGAAGGAUUGCUGGUCGGGAUUUCGUCUGGAGCGGCUGCAGUAGCUGCAAUCAGCUUGGCUAAAAGAGCUGAGAACGCCGGAAAACUUAUCACGGUUCUGUUUCCGAGCCAUGGGGAGCGGUAUAUCACAACGGCUCUGUUUAGUUCCAUCCACAAAGAGGUUCAAGAGAUGAGAGAUUAGUAGCAAAACCCUUAGAAACCCCCUAAAGUUUGGUCCUUUGGGAGAGUGUAAACAACAAACUUCUCUGCAACUUGAAAAGAGGUUUUUGAGAAGGCGAUUGUGCGUAGAGCUCACAUGAGAAUUGAGAGAUGAACGUGUCUCGGGAUCAAACAGUUUUUGUUUUUAAAAUCUUUGAUGUAUAUAGAAGAUAAACAUGUCUCAAGAGGUUUUUUGUUGCCUUGUUGCUUUGAUCAAACAGUUCUUUCUAUUCUAGGUUGAUCCGAGAGAUAUCUAUAGACUCGUCACUUUUUUGUACUGUCAUUAAGAAAUUGGAUAGAAUGUGCUUGUGAGAGAGCUCGAGUCAUCAUAACUCAUAAGAAAUUUUAUAUAAUCAAAAAACAAAACAAUCAGAUA